GGGAGGAGACAGCCAGUUCAAAGAUGUCACGUAAAAAAAGACGUCAGAAACAAAAAAAGGAUUUGCCAGAAGCAGCCAAUGGCAGUGGAUUGUUGACCAACUGGUUCAGAGCAAGUACCGCAGCAGAAACUGCUGCCAACACAGGAGGAGCAGUAGGAGCAGUGGGUGCAGUGCUCAUGGCCCCUGUGAUCUUGAGCGCCAUCGGCUUCACCUCAGCUGGGAUAGCAGGGGGCUCCUACGCUGCAAGCAUGAUGUCGUCUGCUGCCACCGCUAACGGAGGAGGGGUGGCAGCAGGAAGCCUGGUGGCGAUUCUACAAUCUGCAGGUGCAUCCGGUUUUACAGAGAUCGCCAACACGGUUCUGGCCAGCAUUGGAGGUGCUCUUGGAACCUGUGUCGGAACUGCAGUGGGAUGGCUGUCAAACAUCUUUCAGAAACGAAACGAACAAAAAAGAAGGGAGGAAGCGAUGAAAGCCAUUCUGUUUGGCAUCGCUGCAGGAGCUUUAUUUAUGUGGUCAAAACGCUAAUUAUUAUCUUUGCUUUCUCAGUAUUGGUGACCUCAUGUUAUACAUUUAAUUGGUGGGGAACUAAAAGAGCCACUUCAUCAUCUCAUUUCUGCUUCAUUGGUGCUCCAGUUAAACAAAAUAAGACAGAACCCAACUUUUAUUAACUUCUUUACAUAAAGUUUAAAAUAUGAAUUUCCUGUGUGAUACAUCAAUACAAAGCAUAGUUGUGAAAUAGAAGAAACAUGAUUUAUGAAUUUCCAAUUGGCUAUGACGUAAAACUAAAUUCUUAUUCACUCCCCUCUAGGUCUGUAAUUUUUUUUUCUUGAACUGCCUUUCGCUACAGAUUUGUAAUUAAUUUUGGAUUUUGCCUUUUUCAGUUGAAACCAGAAGUUUACAUGUAGCAAAUAAGUAUAUGUAAACUUUUGGUUUCAACU